UUCAACAUUCCUCCCCCUCCUCUCUCCAUCUUUUUCCCCUUCUUUCAUGGGUCCCUCCUCCUCUGCGUUCUCCCACUUGGGUUAUCAUUAAAUCUUGCUCCCCCAGCAAACUCACUCACUCACUCGCUAUCUUUCUCUUUCUUUUCUCUCUGUAUUUCUUGAUAUUCCUUUAUGGCGGAUCGCUCGCUCGAGGAUUUGGAGUUUUGGCUUCCUUCCAAGUUUCUAGCUGACGAGGAUUAUAAUAACAAACUCAUGGACAAGGCGGGCAUCGGCGCUGGGUUCGGGGCGAAUCGUUUUUGCUUCCCUUCAGAGUUUCCUUACGAGUUCGACUCGUUCGGGACCACCCCCUCUAAUCUCAGCUCCCCCGUUGAGUCCGUCUUCGGGUCUACUGAGACAGAGAGCAGCGAUGAGGAGGAUUUUCUCGCUGGAUUAACUCGUCGACUUGCUCUCUCAACUCAGAGAGUCUCUGUCCCGAGCUUCACUCGGGAGAAAACCGAGGAGAAGAGCCGAGUCAUGGCCAGUUCGCCUCAGUCGACUCUGAGUGGAGUUGGUAGCUGGUCCGUGUCGAGCAGUGGCAGUCCCAACGGACCGUCACAGGUGUCCUCUCCCCCGACGACGCCGAUUGUUGGCAAAGACGAUACUUGGGAUCUGAUUUACGCGGCGGCGGGGCAAGUCGCGAGGUUGAAGAUGAGCGGAGAAGGACCCAUCAAGUGCGCAAAUCAGCAGAGCAGAGGCCUCCUUGGUCCUCCUCGAACCCCGAAUCACGUGCCUCCUAUCAGGAACCCUAACUCUGUUUAUCACAGUAACCAGAGUUUUCCUCAAAAUCUCGCUCACACCAGUCAGUUAAUGCGGCCGAACCUGGCAGUGAAGCACCAUAGCGGUUCAGCCAUGGAGAGGCAAGUGAAGCUCUGUUGGCAAGUUCAACAGCAGCAACAGAUCCAGAGGAGGGGCUGCAGUGCGGUUGGGUACGACGACCGGCGCUGUUCACGGCCUCUAGGCCUGCCCCAAUCUUCAUGGCCGUCUCUUCAACAGCAACAGCAGCAACUGGUUCAGUCUCACCAGUCCCGGCCGGCCAUGCGAGCCGUCUUCCUCGGCGGAUCUGGUGUCAAAAGAGAGUGUGCUGGUACGGGUGUCUUUUUGCCUCGAAGAUACAACAACCCAGCUCCUGAUUCUCGCAAGAAAUCAAGUUGCCCCACGGUUCUCCUUCCAGCCCGAGUAGUUCAGGCUCUGAAUCUCAACUUUGAGGACAUGAAUAUCCACCCUCAGCCACGAUUCAGCCCUGGCUUUGUCCCAGAAUAUGAGAUGGGGAGAACAAAUUCUGUUAUGACUCAACAAAAGCGAAGUUUAAGACCGGAGACUGGCAUCAGCCAUGAAAUGCAUUUGCCUCAGGACUGGACUUACUGAUUCACCGAUUAAGUGUUGUUUUGUUGGACUUGAAGAAGGAAGAAGAUGAUGAUUGCAGUGUAAAAGAGAUUAGUAGUUUCUAAUAGGUAAAAAUAUGGGUAUUUGAUUUACUAUUUUCAAGGAAAAAACAGAUUCAAGAAUGUGUGUGUAGCUUAGGAGCAAUAAGAAUUAGAUACAGGGCAGCUCUUCUUUGUUGCUUAUAUAUUUUUUGUUGAAGGAGGUUGCAGCAGCUUCUGAUAAGUAGGGAUUAUAUAGAUGAGAAGUAGGAAGUAAUUUGGGGAAGAGGGUUUUGUUUGUUCUUUUUGAUAUUUUGGUUGUAAUAAGUUGAUUUUCUCUUCUGCCAAUCAUGAUUUAAGAGGUUGGAGAAUGAUGGUGGGUUUUUUGUUUUUGGGGAGGUCUUGAAUCUGGGAAAGUUUGCCUGUGAGAAAGUUUGAUGUUGUUCUGGGAAGGAUUUGUAGUUGUAGAAGAGGAGUCCAUCAAAACCUUCUUGUAAUAUUUAUCCCCUUUUGGCAGGUGAUAUUCUACAAUAAUAAUAUAAUAAGAAGAGCAUUUUGUUUUACAAA